ACCAUCUGCUUUAAUGUUUAAAUGAGGACAUGGAUGCCGCUGGUUUAUUGAAUUCUCCUGACGUAUUAGUUGGUGAUUUUCUUUGAGACAAAGCGAUGAACACGGUAACACGUCUGAGAACAAAUCACUGAUGUGUUGCACACGGGGUUUCUAGCUGAGGAAGAUUUGCAGCCGGCAGAGUCAUCACAUAUCUGAUCGCUGAGUGUUAAUUCGGAAAACUUUGUAUCUUAAAUCUGUGGUUGUUGUUUUUUCUGAUGUUGAGGCAGCAGAUGAAGAACAUCAGUGUGACAGAGAUCAACAGAGAUAUUUAUCAGGCAGAAAAAGCUCAGGACAAAGCCAACAACGACCUGGACACGGCCACCCGAGACAGAGACGUGGCCAAGGACCGAAUCCAAGACGUACAUUUUUCUAAUGUCUCAAACAUCGAUGAGAGACAAACUGGACAACAUUGAGACAGAGCUCAUGAAUUAUCCACCUGAAGAUCUGAAAAGUCACAUUGAAGCCCUGAAGAAGAAAACUGAACAGAACAGAGAGACAGCAAGAGACGCCCUAAAAGCUGCAGGCUCUGCUGUAGACCAGACCACCAGCACCAAACCACAGCUGGACAACGUGAUGAAGCUGUUUGAGCUCCUGAGGCAGAAAAACUCGAACCAGACAACUCAGGACGAAGCUGCACAACGACUGACGACUAUCAGGGACGAGGCGGAGACCAUGAGGAGACAUGUGGAGGACAAACUGAGACAGAUACAAGAUAUUGAGAAGAAGAUUCAGCAGCUGAUCAAAAACAAAGAAAACAAAGCAGCUGAAGUGUCCUCACUGUUGGACAUCGUGGACUCACUUCGCCGAGAAAUCUCCAAACGAGCCGAAGGGUACGCCAGCUGUACUUCAUAAACCCUACGGAGUACUACAAGUCUGCAUGAAUACUAUGAAGUACUACAGGUCCUCAUAAAUACUGCUGGGAACUACAAGUCUUCAUGAGUACUACUGACUACUUUAAGUCCAUAUAAAUACUACAGAAUACUACAGGUUCUCAUAAAUACUACAAAGUACAUUUAAACCUUUAAAGUUUGAAGAUCUUUUUAUUUUCAACAGCAUAAAUACUGUCAGAAUGAUGACUCACAUUUAAUCUAAAGUAAACAAAAUGUAUAUUCUGUGUAUUUUUAUCUUCUAAAAAUUAGAUCUGAACUUUCAGAGAUUUGUAUGUUUUCAUAUAUUUACUCAAAGUUCGAUGUUUUU